AUGCAAAUCUCCUUCUUCCUCAUCCUUCUGUCGGAAGAUUUUCUUGGAGAGCCCUUUGGGAAGCAGGUGGAGGUUGCGAAAGCCUGGCGCGAGUCUAUCGCGCACGACUUCAAGCACAUGGACUUGGGGGACGAGAGCCUCGUGUCCCGAGUCUGCAGAGGUGAUGGCACGCUGAUUUUGUCUACUCCACAGAUGCAGAUGCUGGACCAGAUCAACGCCUUCAUCGGCCUGGGCAAAGCAGAUUUCGAAGCCCCCUACUUCCAACCCGGCGUUCUACUCUGCAUGAUGUGCAUCCUGCUUUGGUGUUUGUACCUCCUCAAUGAGUUCCGACAAGUGGUCUUCUCCUUGGAGGCGGUGUCCCAACUGCCCCGCGGGCCCCGAACGCAGUGGAGAAGGCGCGGAAGCUUUCAAACGAUCUCUUACGGCCGCUUUGCCAUCUACUGCUUCAUGCGCCUGUCGCGCUUCAUGAUCGCCGUGGGCCUCCUCUACGCAGGCGUGCAGUGGCUGGCCGGCACGAUCUCCAUCACCGAGCUCAUCCUGAACGCCGUGGCCUUAUCCGCCGUUCUGCAGAUCGACGAGAUGGUCUUCGCAGCGCUGAUGCCGAAGAAGAUCCAGAUCUGCAUCCAGGAUCUCGAGGCCAUCAAGGUGCCCUACAGCAAAGGGCGAAGUCAGACGGAGUCCAUCAUGCUGCUCGUGGGGAUCACAUGUCUCAUGCUGUGGCCCUGGAUGUACAACGUAGGGCCGCUGAGCUGGGACAUGAUUGAAGUCAAGCGCCAGUACUGUGGGGGCACUCAGAAUUUCGUGGUGGCGGACAAUCAGUUGCAGGGGAUCACGGCGGGACUGGUGACCUCGGAGUAUGCCGACCAAAGCGACCACCUCAACCAGACGUCGCUCAUCCGCUUCGCUGUGAGACGGCACAUCUGGCAAGAGCCUUUGGGAACCUCGAACUACAUCCGUUUCGGCAAGGAUCGAGCCGACUUCGUGUCGGCCAAAGAGAUAUCGAUGUACCACCGCAACGUACAUGACAGUCUCUGCAUUGACUUUGACGAGAUCUUCCUGGGCAAUGCUACCCAUGAGCUUCAGGAGUUCUACCGCCCGUACUUCUACUCGGCCAGCUUCGAAGCAGGAUUUCCAGAUGGAGCCAGCUGCGCAGAGAUGGCGCACCUCUGCAGUUCGCUGGAGCCCAGUGCACGCCUCGUGCGGCACGUGUGUCCGCGCACGUGCGGAUGCCACCUGCAGCACGCGAAUCCGAUGCUGAAGCUUGUGGGAGAGGGUUGCUCGAGCGCCUGUUUCACUGAGCGUGACACCGCCAUGCGCUUUACAGCCUGCGAGGACGUGGACUUUGAGGAGAGCCCUCACCUUCGAGAGGAAUGGGAGGUGUUCUGGGACAGCUACCGGCCCUUGGUGGAGCAGAGGGUGGGAGUCAACCUCAGCAGUCCCAGCCUCAGCUUCCUGCCGGACUUUUUGGCUCACGUCAAGAAAGUCGGGUGUCCUGGCCUCGGCAUUGUGACCAUGGACCCUGUCACACGCAGCCCGUGGUGUUCAGGCAGCUCGCUGUUUUAUGCCCCCCUUGCGGCCUGGUGCCCGCAGACCUGCGGCUGCCACACCUCCGCCACGCUGACGGAAUGGUGCCCCCGCAGCUGCGAGGGCUGCAAGGAUACAGCGAUCUUCCCGACCAACCUGCCCGUCAGUGACUGUGCGCAAGCUCACCAACUGGGGCUAUGUGAAGCCCUUCCAGUGCAAGCUGCUGUGCUUUGUGCCGCCACCUGCGACGCAUGCUCAGCCCUUUACAACAACGGCACGAUUGUGUGA